GUGGGAUCUCCAAGCUUGGGCGGGGAGGGGGGGUUGAGGGGCCGGACGGGGAGGUGGCGCGAGGGUUCUUGUCCUGGGAUCCCCGGGCCCGGGAUCUCUAGGCACAGAGAGCUGCCCCGCCCUCCAGUGUUUCCUUAAGCGGGUACGCGACCUGACGGGGCUGGCUGCGAGAAAAGAGGGGCCGGGGCCGACGCGCUCAGGCGGGCCCGUGUCCCGGCGCAGGUGAAGCGCCUGGUCCCCCGGCCCCGCCCGCCUCGGAGCUGCCCAGUCUGGGCCCCGGGAGCAUGAGCGGGCAGCGCGUGGACCUGAAGGUCGUGAUGCUGGGCAAGGAGUAUGUGGGCAAGACCAGUCUCGUGGAGAGAUACGUGCACGAUCGCUUUUUGGUGGGACCGUAUCAGAAUGACACAGCUGGCUCUGAGCGUUAUGAGGCCAUGAGUCGAAUCUACUAUCGUGGUGCCAAGGCAGCCAUUGUCUGUUAUGAUCUUACUGACAGUAGCAGUUUUGAACGAGCCAAAUUCUGGGUGAAGGAGCUUCAGAGUUUAGAAGAGGGCUGUCAGAUCUAUUUGUGUGGCACUAAGAGUGACCUUCUGGAGGAAGAUCGAAGACUGCGUCGGGUUGACUUCCAUGAUGUUCAAGAUUAUGCGGAUGACAUUAAAGCUCAACUCUUUGAGACAUCUAGCAAAACGGGCCAGAGUGUAGAUGAGCUGUUCCAGAAGGUAGCAGAAGAUUACGUCAGUGUGGCUGCAUUCCAAUUGAUGACAGAAGACAAAGGCGUUGACUUGGGUCAGAAGGGCAACACCUACUUCUACAGUUGCUGUCAUCACUGAGAACCACCCUGUCCCUUGGAAGGGACCCUGCUUGGACCCCUGUCUGCUCUGUUGGUUGAAGGGCUAUCUGAGCCACUCACAAUCUCAGAAGCAGAAAGGGAUGGCCACACCUGCCUGUGCUGGCCCAGGAUCAGGGGCAGCAACAGCAAUAGCAGUGGUGGCAGUGGCAGCCUGAAAGGCAAGAGGAGGCCUGUUCUGACCCUGGGCUGUCUGCUGUUCCCUGGGCAGUGCUUGUACCUCUGCACAUAAUUUAAGUGGCUUCUGCCUUGUAAAUAAAAUCUCCCCACCCCCACUCCCUCAUUAAUAAUUGUUGGCCCACGUCCUUACUGUUUCUUUGGGAGGGAAGAAUGAUUGUAUUGGGGAAAGUAGAAUUACUCAAGAUUGCUUACCUUACCUGAGGUCAAGGCCUUAAGAGCAUAAAUUGGGUAGUAGAGGUGGCCCCUGAAAGUUCCUUCCUCCAGUUUUCUCCUAGGUGAAACAUCAGUCAGGUUCUCAGAAACUGAGGGUUCCCAUCUAUGGUGUGGUAGCUACUAAUUGCAGGGAAUUAUAAGUAGAAUCAGGCUGCCUGGGCUUUUUGGGGGGUUAUGAUUGGAGCCCGGGCUACAGAGUGCCCAAGGACUUAAUGAGAUGCCAGUACUACAGGUUUGGCCAGACUGGUGACGCCACUGGAAAGCUACCACUGAAGAUCUUGGCCCAGUGCUACAAAGUUACAGUCUAGAGGCCAGGCAUGUUUAGAGGGCCCCCACUCCAACAUCUCUUGGUAUAGGAGUUAUUCUAGUUUGCAGAACCCGCUAGAAGUGCAUCCUUGUUCUAAGGGACAAGCUUGGUGAUAGGUUCUAUAGCCCAGGAUUGUCUAAAGGUGAUUUUUCUUUGAAAUAGUUGGUGGUGGGUGCUAUUUUAGAAGAUUCAAAGGCUCAUCUAUCUCCCUUAGAUAGCAGGGGAUGGUUCUUUCUAGCAGCUUCAUAACCCACUUCCCCUAUCCUCUCUGCCCAUAAACCAGGAAAAAAGGCAUCUUGGGAUUUGGUUGAGUCAGGACUUAUAAGGUCUGUGAUUUAGUUAGUACCUUCAUGUCAUAGUGGCUCAUGAAGAGCUCUAACUUCCAGUUGGAAGGUGUUCAGAUGAAGGCAAAGUGAGGCUGAGCGCUUUAUGUUUGAAAAGCCCACAUAUUUAGGGAGCUGUAUGGGGCCAGAAAGGGUUAGAAGUCCUUUCAAUGAUGAUCAAGGUCACAAGUCAGACCCUAAAUUUGACUAGGGUUAGUAAUGCAAUUUAUGUCCAAGCCUUCCUUGGUUGCAGACCUUCAGGAAUAAAUGAAGUAACCACUUGGAAAGUA